AUGCAUUGUGGGCCUCCCGACAUGGUCUGCGAGACGAAGAUCGUGGCCGCCGAGGACCAUGAGGCGCUGCCGGGGGCCAAGAAGGACGCGCUGCUCGCCGCCGCCGGCGCCAUGUGGCCCCCGCUGCCCGCCGCGCCCGGGCCGGCCGCCGCGCCCGCCGCGCCCCCUCCCGCGCCCGGCCCCCAGCCCCGCGGCGGCGCGGGGGGCGCGGGGCCGCCGGGGGGGCGCGGCGUGUACAUCCGCGAGUUCCGCGCGGCCGAGCAGGAGGCGGCGCGCCGCAUCUUCUACGACGGCAUCAUGGAGCGCAUCCCCAACACGGCCUUCCGCGGCCUGCGGCAGCACCCGCGCACGCAGCUGCUCUACGCCCUGCUGGCCGUGCUGUGUUUUGCCCUGACCCGCUCGCUGCUGCUGACGUGCCUGGUGCCGGCGGGGCUGCUGGGCCUGCGUUACUACUACAGCCGGAAGGUGGUCCUCGCCUACCUGGACUGCGCUCUGCACACGGACAUGGCCGACAUCGAGCAGUACUACAUGAAGCCCCCCGGCUCCUGCUUCUGGGUGGCCGUGCUGGAUGGCAACGUGGUGGGCAUCGUGGCGGCGCGGGCCCACGAGGCAGACAACACGGUGGAGCUGCUGCGCAUGUCCGUGGACUCGCGUUUCCGUGGCAAGGGCAUCGCCAAGGCGCUGGGCCGCAAGGUGCUGGAGUUCGCUCUGGUUCACAACUACUCGGCGGUGGUGUUGGGCACGACGGCCGUCAAGGUGGCCGCACACAAGCUGUACGAGUCGCUGGGCUUCAGACACAUGGGCUCGAGUGACCACUACGUGCUGCCCGGCAUGACCCUGUCGCUGGCUGAGCGCCUCUUCUUCCAGGUCCGCUACCACCGCUACCGCCUGCAGCUGCGCGAGGAGUGACCGCGUCCCGCCUGCCCGCCCACCUGCCGCCCCGGCCGCCCCGUCCGCCUGUGCCCGCCUGCCCACCGCCCGGGCCCGCUUCCAGACGCUCACCUUGGCGUUCGUGUUGGGUUUUCCCUUUUCAACAUCACGCGGUUCUCUGGCUGGUUCUCCGGGGCUGUGGGGCUGUUGCUCGUCUGUGACACUUUCGGGGCCAGGCUGUUCGCAGCCGCGGCCCCUUGCCCUCUCCGGCCUUCCGGGGCUGCACCCUGAAGAGUGACAGCAUGGACCGCCACGCGUCCACACGGCUGCUUGGCCUGCUCGAGGGGCCUCUUCCCGCCCACCGCCAUCAGGGCAGGCCCAGCCUGGCCCACCAAGC